AAAACAAACGCACAUGCCACAUUCAGUAACCGCUUUGGUGCGCGCGGUAUGGGUCGUGUAGAUGAAUUGAGUUCGCAGAAUGUCGCCCCCACACACUGAAACGGGCAACUCGCCCGUCCCUGUGCCAGAGGCUUCCCCAAUGGCUCAGAGUGCAGCAUCACCUUGCCAAGAAGGCGAUCAAUCUCUGGACGACAGCCAAGACCUUUCAGCAUCCAUGUCUCAAGAUGAAGAUGUUGACGGAGUCGAUCUCGUUAACAGGGAUGCAGGCGGAUGGACCCUGCUCACCCUCCCCCCGGAGAUUUUGCUUAAUAUUAUCUCCUUCCUCGAUGCAAGGGUGGUCGUCCAUCGCCUGAGUUUGGUUUGCAAGGAGCUCCAUCGGCUGAUUUCCAACGACGCCACUUGGAAGAUCCGCAUCGGCAAACGAUGGCCCAAGCAGUAUCCUGUCACACCAGUCGAUGACAGCAAGUUCAACUGGCAGCUUGCGUGCAUGGAACGCGAGGAGCAGUACAGACUGUGGUCAGAUCCGGCCAAAACAGAGCACUUCGAGUUGACCUCGGGUCACUUUGGAGAAAUCGACUCUGUCCAUCUGAUGCAGGGUGGUGACCUGUGUAUCUCGGGAUCCAGAGAUCGUUCCUUCCAUUUGUGGGAUCUUCGAAAACUGGACGCCAGUAAUCGCCAAGGUUCCAUUGAUGCCGCCAAGCUCAAAUCUGUGGGCGGCCACAAAGGAUGGGUUUGGCACAUUACGUCGCGAGACAACAUCAUGUGUACGGCGUCGUGGGACCAGUGGGUCAAAUUAUGGGAUAUCAACGCGGACUGUACUGCGCCCACACAGGGAUUUCGAGGGAGUUCUGCCUUCUUGUGUUCGGUGUUGCAUCAGAACGAGGUGCACGCCGGUGCUUACGAUAAACACAUCUACAUGUUUGACAGAAGAGACGAUAACCAGUCCAGCAAACUGCGGCUGCACAAGAUGCCGGUCCUGUGUUUAGCCUCAGACAACGACUACAUCAUAUCGGGAAGUGAGGACAUGACGAUAGCCGUGUUCGACCGCCGGGCGGGGAAACUGCUCAAGAAAAUUGAGCUGGAUAAGUUCCCCAUGUGUAUGUCCUACGGCUUGGGUCAGCUCUGGGUCGGACGGAAAGAUGGCAAAGUGAACGUCAUCGACCCCACCCAAGGAAAGUUCGACAUAGUACAGACAUACGACGUCGGCCACGAGAGCAAAGUAACUGGUAUCCUGCACAGCCUGGGAUCAGUGGUAACCUGCUCCACAGAUCGUACCAUCAAAAUCCAUGAGCCGAACCAUGAUCCUUCCCCCAUCCGUACCAUCGAGCACACGACCUCUCUCUCCGCCAUCCAUACCAACAACGGCGUCUUGGCAGCGGGAGGCAGCGAUCAGAGCGUCAACAUCUGGCGGCCGACAAGAGACGAAGAACAACCGAGAUUGGAGUCAGGCUAAUUGAAAACCUACUCACACAGAGACCCGGUGACGAAAAGCAAAACUGAGAAGGGGUAUAUAAUGAAGAAGUAAACAUGGGCGGAAAACAAAUGCGGUUUAUGUUAAGGAGAAUACACGAGAAAGUGUGGAUUCAUGAUUUAAGAAUUCACGAGGCACGAAGCGCCGACUGAAUUCGUAAAUUAAGAAUCCACACUUGCG